AUGAAUAAAUCAAAACUAUAUCUAGAUCGUGAAAAUCAAUAUGCUCAUGAAAUUUUAAAAAAUAUUGAACAAUAUAAUGUUUAUAAAACACCAUCUUUAGAAAAUAUCAAUAAAUCUGAUUGUAUUGAUGAUAUUUUAAAGAAUAAUACAGAAAAAACAUCAAGUCAAGUAUUUGAAGAAUUUAAAACUAUUGUAAAAUAUUGCAAAGAUAACAAUGUUUGUAUAUCUGAUGAUAAAUUUGAUGAAUUUAUUGAUACAUUUACAGAAAAAUGCCAUUAUUUUACUGAUGAAGAAUUAAUUGAAAGUUUAAAUUAUAUGGCAUUUUUGCCCGCAACUCCAUUUAUUUAUUAUAAAAAUUUUAUGGAAUUAUGGUUAGCAUUAGAUGAAGCAACAUGUGCUCGCUUAGAAAAAUGGGAUCUAAAUAAAGUUCUAUAUGUAUGUGAAUGUUGGUAUUCAUUUAGUAUGGCUAGAAAAAGUGAAUUUGUUUGGUUAAGUUUAAGGAAAUUUGGUCGAAAAAUUAAAAAAUUAAGUAAAAUUGAAAUGGUACAUUCAUUAUUCUUUUGUAAUUUAGUAAGAAAACCAUUAAUUGAGAUGUUUGAUUAUGAAAUAGCAUGGAAAAAACAUUUUAAUGAAAUGACUAUUGAAGAGAUAAGUAUUAUGUCGAUGGGAUUUUUUAAAACUAAAACUAAAAUUCGUAGUCCAGAAUUGGCUGAUAAAAUAUACGAGCGCUUAAUAAAUGAAUUAGAAAAUGUAAUCAAUAAACCUAUUUGUUUGGUUAAUAUUUUAAAAAUUCUAAGAUAUUCAUCAGGAAUUCCACAAAGAGACAUUAUGAAUCAUUUAUUAGAAAAACUUUGUCCAUUCAUCGAUAAUUUUCAAUUAGUAACUUGUUUACAUAUCGCUUUAUUAGGCUGCGAUAUGCAACAGUGUCAUGAUAAAUGUAUUGAAUUAAUAAUGAAUCGAUUCAACAGAGAUAUCACAGAAGCUAGAUUGAAGGAUUUGGAACGAAUAACACAUGCUAUGUCAUUAUAUAACAUAUCAGAUAGUAGCGGCGUUAAAAAUGAACUUUGUCAAAAAAUUAUGGAAGAAAUACCAAAAAGAAUUAAUGAAAUUGUUUUGCAUCCACAAUGUUUUGCUGCUUGUUUGCAUUACAUGACUUUAUGUGGUCAUCAUAAUGAAGAUUUUAUAAAUAUAGUCCUGGAUCAAAGAUAUAUGAGACAUGCUUACGGUAGGAAUUUAAUGCUUGGCCGUGAAGUAUUUUGUUUAGAUUCCUUUACUAGAAUUAAUUUGGCUGGAAAAUACAAUGGUACUCAAUUGACUGAUAAGAACCGUGCAACAAUGGGAAAAUUAUUGACAAAUUACAUCCCCGAAAAAAAUUCAAAAUAUAAAUUAAACCAAACGGAUAAGAUUCUGUUAGAGGUUAAAGAUUCCUGUCAGAAAAUAUUUAAAUUCUGUUCUAUUAAACAUAUUCUUCCACAUUUUCAACGACCCGAUAUUGUACUAUGUUAUGACAAGUCAAAAAAAGAAGCCAUCAAUUUAGAAGAUAGUUCUAUAGAGGAUUACACUGGUAUAAUUCUAACUAGAGAAAAUAUGUUUAAUGAUGGCAUAGAAAAAGAAAAUAUCACAACAAUAGCAAUAGUAAUAGCAGGCUGGAAUAAUUAUGUUAGAGGAUUUGAAAGAUAUACUGGUAUAAUGGAGAUGAAAUUAAAACAGCUACAACUUUUAAACCAUAAAUACGUAGUUAUACCCUGGCAUGAAUGGAAAGAUCUUCAGGGUAGAGAUGAUAGAGAGAGAUAUUUAAAAAGAAAAUUAAUACCUCUAACAGAGCUUUCAAAAUAGCAGUAAUAUACAUAAUUUACAAAUAAAUACUUUUAUUGUAUUUAAGUAGAAUAUCCUAAUAAUAUUUUAUACAAAAAUUUCAAUUUUUCUAACUAAUUUUGAAACAAUAUAUUAUUUGAAGGUA